AUGAAAUGUGUUGGAAAACUCAAUAUGUCAAAGACUGACCGGGCUGUAAUUUUAACAACCAUCUUCGUAGCGGUUCUCAGCGUAACUCACUCAAACAGGACUACAGAUGCCGUUCCCAACGUUCUUCAAAAAGUUCUCAUGAAAUACGAAGUUAACUUUAAUAAUUCUGCUAAUAAUAAUGAAACAGUUAUGCGAAGAUCUUUAAAUGAUCCAGAUAUCAAAGAUACCAUCCGUAAAAAAAUAGACGAAUUGAAGCCUAUGCUUGACGACGACAAAGUACAUCACAGGAAAGGAAAAUCAUUUGAUCGCAAUAAUAGAGAACCAACAGAUUCUUCCCACGAAAGUAAAACUGAACACGUCGAUACACCAAACCAGAAAUAUAAGAAACUGAGGAAUGAAAUAGAAAAGCAUUUAAGAGCUGAACCGAUAUCGGAAGAAACUAAACGAAUUGUCGUUGAAGCUUUAGAUCAAAUUGAAAGUGAAUUGAAAAUGAAUGAUUGCGUUAUGGAGCAUUUUUCAGGAGAAACUGUUAUGCGAAGACGUCAUUCCCAUGGCAGUGAGCCUUCUAUAGUUAUUCCAAAGAAUAUGGAACAGUCAGAGAAGACCAUGAGACACAUAAAAGAAAAAUGGGAUAAAGUUGUAAGUCAAUACUCGUCGCCCGAUGAAUCUAAAACCCACAAUGAUACGAUUAGACAAUUGGCGUUCGUCUUCUUAACACGACUAAGGCAAUUUGUUUUUGAUGUUCAUGACGAUUAUACAAAACUACAAGACAAGUAUGAGCUUAAGUGCCAUUCGUCUAAUAAACAAAAAGUACAUCACCCAACCUUCAAACAAACAAAAAAACUCGAUAAAGAUGACACGUGCCAUGACCUUAUUAUUUGUUCUGCCGAAUUAUUAGAUUUCUUAGCUGAUUUCUACAAUCAGUUGAACGAAACAUAUUCUGACGUAUUCAAAAACUACAUAGAGAUGUAUAUAAGAGAAGUUAAAGCAGCUAAAGAUGAGAAAGAAUCUUUUAAAAACGUCCUAGAUCUUAUUUUAAGUCACGCACGAGAUAAAAUAAAGAAAAUGUUUUCAAAAGAAUUAGAGAAAUUGAACGAUACUUUUAAUAACCGUUCUAAAAGAACUGCCAGCAUUAAAAACUUAAUUGAUAGAGUGAUAGAUAAAAGUAAAGAGUUAAUAUAUGCUUCGCUAUCUGUGAAACUAAAGAAAUUGAAACCGAAACUUCGUUUAACUAUCAAAGAAGAUAUAGACGUUUCAAUCGGUAUAGAAUUAGGGAAUCUACAAAAAAUGUUCAAGGAUAAAAUGUGUUUAGUAUUCAAAACUUGUAACGGCGAUAUUGCAUUGAGGAAAAGUAACACAAUUCACAAAAGACAUUUAGAGUAUCUAGAUCCAAACAGCAUUAAAAUAAGACUAAGAUUAGGACCUGUCAUAUCACAUAAGAGAAAUUACAAAAGAAACAAUAUUGAUAAUAAUAUAAAAAAUGCGUAUGUGAAUGAUACAGUAAGUGCAAGAAAAAUUAAUCCUUUAAAGCGUUUUAAUAUCAGUGAGUAUACGCGUUCGGUAAACGUUACAAGAACGACAUAUGCUGUUACGGAGACGACCGGAAAAGCAACAACACAGCAACUCACAACAUUGAGUAUAGGAAGAUCUACGCAAGAAGAAGUAACUGAAAGUGUAGAUCCCGUAGUUAUCUAUUUUUAGUACAAAAAUAAAGUUGUGAUACGUAAA